AUGUUUAACGAAUAUAAAAGCGAGAUUACAGAACGCCCGAGUACCCCAGACUCCAUAAUAAAAAUGUGGGUUCUACUAGAAGGGUCACAAAGGGCUGUAAAAUUGAAAGCCGACUUAUCCGAAACUAAAGACUUGGACGAUUUCGCACUAAUUCUCAAAAGAGAGUUUGAAGAGUUAGAAAAAGUCAGACCGCAAGAUAUUGUAUUUUUAGAUAGCAAUAACACUUCUAUUCGACCGGGCAUCGACCUCAAAUCCCUGUCAGAUAAUUCAACAGACGAAAACCCACUUGUUGUUCGUUACCCACUUACAAAUGCAAACGUUGUGGUGAAUUAUUCGUACAGACAUAAACAUGGUAGUACUGAAAUACCGCAUACAAGUGGCUCUUUAAGUCUGUUAAAAGAAGUCAUAAAAGAAAAAUACGAAGAUUUGGAGACAAAAGAAUUCUAUUUUUUAAAUGACAAAACGGAGAUUAGGAACGAGUAUAACUUCAAUACCGCAGUAUCUCAAACCCUGGAUGGUAAAAACUGCGUAUUUAAGUUAAAAGUCAUAGUCAAAGGUAAAAAAUCUUAUAGUGAGUGGGAUCUAAAGGAUGUGUUCAAGAAGAUAUUAGGGAAACCGAAUUAUGAAUAUCUUAGUGAUAUACCUAGAUUUAAUCUGAAUCGCCUUCCCUCGUUAACGCCACCAUUUACUGAGGGCGAGAUAAAAAAGUUCGUUGAGGAACUUCAACAAGCACUUAACGCAUUAAAUAACGAAUGUGAUAAUGAAUCGAUGGCUCGUUUAUAUAUUAAUGCCUUCAUGAAAUCUGCAGUUUGUUAUAUAAAAGAUCACAUAAACGAAUCAACACAGUUAUGCGUGGAAAAACAACUGGAUGGGAGCUAUGGGUAUGGCCCUGUCGACUACAUGGUGAAGCUCACCGAAAUUUUGGUGCUGUUAUGUGAAGCAAAAUCGGAAGACAUGAAUAAAGGAGUAGCACAGGUUGUUGUACAAAUGCAGAGUGCAAUAGAAAAUUUGGGUAAACGCAAGAGACCAGUGAUGUUCGGAAUAGUUACAACUUCAAAACUAUGGCGAUUUGUCCGUUGGACUGGAUCAUUAGAAGAACCAACGGUUCAUAUUUCUGUAGAAUACGCUUGUAAUUUUAAGAGUAAUAUGGAACCCGAAAAAGAAGUGUUAAAGUAUAUUGCUCGGGUGUUACAAGCCCAGGCUACGCAAUUUGGCGAUGGAGGCCAUUCUUCAAAACGUCAAUGUACUGAUCACGAUCAAGAAUGUGAUACAUGA